CUCAGACGCUCCAUGGUAACGGAGCAGGAGGCGAGAGAAGAGGCGAAGUCAGAGAAGGUGGAAUAACACGGUGUUGCACGUUUCGUUUAUUCGCAUAUAUAUUUUUCUUUUUUUUUAAAUUUACACUUGUAAAAACACACCAUCCAAAAAGCAGCCAUGAGAACUCUGGAGGCUAGCAAAAGCAAACAAGAGCUGAAGACCGAGGGGUUUACUGUCAAGUCGACAAUGAAGAACUCCGUCGUUGUUGGACCACCACCUGCCGGAGCAUUUCGAGAGAGACCAUCAAAGCCUACAGUUUUUCGAAAAUUUUAUGAAAGAGGGGAUUUUCCCAUUGCCCUGGAGCAUGAUACCAAAGGGAACAAAAUUGCCUGGAAGGUUGAAAUAGAGAAACUGGACUAUCAUCAUUAUCUGCCACUGUUCUUUGAUGGUCUCUGUGAGACAACACAUCCUUAUGAGUUUUUUGCACGCCAAGGAGUUCAUGACAUGCUUGAGCAUGGUGGUGCUAAAAUUUUACCUGUCCUUCCUCAGCUGAUUGUCCCCAUUAAAAAUGCUCUCAACACUCGAAACAGGCAAGUGAUUUGCACCACCCUGAAAGUCCUUCAGCACUUGGUGAUUUCUGCUGACAUGAUUGGAGAGGCCCUGGUUCCCUAUUACAGGCAGAUCUUGCCUAUUCUGAACAUAUUUAAGAACAUGAACAUCAACUCUGGAGAUGGCAUUGACUAUAGUCAGCAGAAGCGGGAGAAUAUUGGGGACCUCAUCCAGGAGACACUGGAGGUCUUUGAGCGCUGUGGAGGAGAGAACGCCUUCAUCAAUAUCAAAUACAUGGUUCCAACAUAUGAGUCUUGUAUGCUAAAUUGAACAGAAGCGUAAAAAGACAGUGCUGCUUUUGCUAUUGUGUAUCUGGUAAAAACAGGAAUGUUGUUCACUUUUGUACUCUGAAACUCCUCCUCCCUUUAAAUGCUGUCUAUUUUGGGAUGCAUUUGUUGUUUUUUUUUAUUUCCUGUCAUAAUUUUUAUGUUUAUUAAUAUUACUUUUUUGGUGUGAGGGUGAAUGGAAAGGUGAUAAAUAAGCCAUCUUAUCUGUAAAAUACAAUUUUUAAGCAGAAGGCAAUCCUUUAAAAAAAAAGUUGUUUUAGAAGCAUGUCUCAUGCAUUUUUUACUGAAAUGAAAAUAUGAGAGUUGAAUAAAUCUUCCAGUUAUUAUGUGCUUUCUGUGGUGGGCUGGCACCCUGCCCGGGGUUUGUUUCCUGCCUUGUGCACUGUGUUCACUGGGAUUGGCUCCAGCAGACCCCGUUGACCCCUGUAGUUCGGAUAUAGUGAGUUGGAUAAUGGAUGGAUUAUGUGCUUUGAAGAGAGGAUCUCUCAGAAUACAACUCGAUCAUUGUAUUUUCAAAUUAGUAACCUAAAAGCUGUUUCUUUGACUGUGCAUGUGUGUGUAAUAUAUUUUUGUCUGAUCACUACCUGCAUCUUAUUAUCUACUAGCAUGACAAUAUCUUCAGUCACAAUUUAAAAUAACUUGCGUACAUGUCUUAUUGAGUAUCUGAAGAAUACCUUGGUUAAAAAUUAACAUGUUCUAACAUACACAUAUUUAAGCUUUCUUUAUAAUCAAAUAAAAUAACAGAACACUUUCCCUGAAGAGAAAGUAAAUUUUUGCUGUCCUCACUAAGAAGUAUUGCUUUCUGGAAAGUUCUAUAGAAAGAUUUCAAAUGAAAACCACUUAAAAUAUAAACAAUAAUACCCCUGUGUAGCAAUCUCAUUAUAUCCAAAUUUGUCCUUAAAAAUGGAGAAAGUUGCCCUUUAAAUUUGUUAAAUAAAACUGUUCCACCAGCUGCUUGUAUAUAUCUUUGAUUUUACUCAACACCCUUAAGCAGUACUAAGUAACUGUAAACAAUGUAAUUUCUUAAAAACAAUUAACACCUGACGGUUCAAUGAUUCAUUUAUAGAAACAGACCUGAAACUUGUUUGGGCCUGGCUUUGACCUUGCAUCUGAUGCUACUGUAGUAGACCCCAGUCUCUUGCAGCACUUUAAUUAGAUUAAGCAAGUUCAUAAAAUGGGAUCAAUUUUAUUUGCUCACAUCCUGUAAUUACAUGGAAAAAUAUACCAUUUUUGCAAUAUCUUAAUCGUAAUUUUAAACUGACAUAAUUUAAAAACAUGUAACUUUUGAAAUUGAAUCUAAGAAUAUUCAAAUGCGGAAUCACAUUUUUGCUCAUUAAUAAUCAAAAGUAAAAUUUAAUUACUUUUUUUUUACUGUAAAUAAUAGAUGAUACUGAUGAUUAGAGGCCACUUAUGUGUCUCCUUUAAUAGUAAGGUCUGGCUGGAGAUUUUACUCUACACAUGUAUGGAGAUCUCCAAGGAUGACUAUGUAUGAAAGACGUGGAGAACAAAAAUGACACAAAAAACAAUGCCUGGUCUUGCUUUCCUUUAAUCCACUUUAAGUUGGGUUUUUUAUAUUUAACUCUAAAUGACAGUUCACUGUUAAAUACAUGUUUUCUACCUGAUAGGCAGAAGGAAAGCUAUAAACACAUUUAAUAUUGUUGUUUUGGCUGACUGUAAUAAAUUGCUCUUGGCUGUUUUGUGUGAACUGCAUAAAAUUUAAACAUACUUACUUGUUGGAUAAAUAAUGCUGUCAGUUAGAAUGGCUCAUGUGGGAUGUAGAGACAAUAUCUGCACAUGGCAGAGUGCAGAUUAGCAGCUGAGAUGAGCAGCCAAGGCCACUGGAGAGGACAUCACACUAUUUUGUCAUCUGAUGUUUGUGGUUUUUUUUUUUUUAAUAGCAUCCCUUCGUGCUUCUGUGCUUAUUUUACCUGAUUUGAUGAGGUAAAAAUGCUCUGCAAAUUUUUACUAUUUUAACUGGAAGAUUCUAGUCACAUUCAUGUGAUUGUAUGAGACAGUAAUUGAGGAUAAGAUCUAGCUCGGCCUUUAAGUGAACUUUUGAAGGGCAGAAUAUACUUUAUUGUUAAAUAAUUAAGGAUGGAGUAGUGAGGUUUUAAUUGAAAUGUGGAUGUAGAUAAAUAUAGCCAAAGGAGCUGAUAUGGCUGUCAUAUUUAUAAAUAUGACAUAAAUAUAAAUACAGUAAGGGUGAGUGUCUUAUUUAGUACCAAAGGAAAAAGAAAACUGAAAGCUCACCCUUACUGCCCUAUCCCACUCAACAUCACCCACUUGGGUCUAGCUUCAGCUCCAUGUAUCAGCUAAAGAGGCCUACAACAUGUUCACUUCCUUGUCACAUUCAAGGGGUUCUCCCUCCCUUCUCAUAUUCCACCUCACCUCUUUCUCUUUCAUUCUCUUUCUCCCUGGACUCCUUCCUGCCAGGAAGCCUUCACCUUAAAUUAUCCUUCCAUCUUAAUACUUAACACACACUGCUGUGCCUUCAGGCAGAUUUAAAGUCCCUCCCACAGUUACUUCUAGACACAAAGGCAGACUCUAUUUUGGCUUCAGAAACGCCAGACUAGAACUCUUCUCUGAUGGUUGUCACUAUCCUUUAACCCCUUUACCCUACUUAGUACUUACUGCUGACUUCUUUCUCCUUUAGACAACAGAGUUCUCCCUGUGCCAUCAUUCAGAAGUCUGCAACCUGUCCUCAUCCUGGAGGAACUGAACCAGUCUCCUGCUCUGCAUAUGUUAGACCCAAGGAGGAGGCCAAAACCUUGAAAUCCUUCCCAAACACUAACACUACAAAUUAAUAUUUAUAUAUUUAUUGAGCAAUAAAUAAUUAAACUACAACUAUUACGAAUGAAAAACAAAUCAACUAAGGACCGAGCAGCAAAGUAACAAUAAAUCAUUUGAUCAAAAAAUAUAAUGAGAUAGUAAAGUAAAGAAAGCAAACUAACCAAAGAACUAAAUUAUGCAAAAGAAAUUCUUAAAUUAGCACACCAAAAAUGCAUAACCUGAAAGCAUAUUUCUUCACAUAAGACAGAAGGCAGAAUCAGAAAAAAACUAAAUCCAAUACCUAAUUAUGUCAAAAUCCAUACUUAGAAAAAUCACAAAACCAAAGGGGCAGCUGAAUAACAAUAACCACUUAAUCCAGCAAAAGUCCAAACCAGAAGUACCUAAUAAACUAAGCAUUAAUAAGAAAGAACUUGUGGAGAGUUUCUUUUCUUAAAUGUGGCCAAAGGCAAAUGCCAUUACAUCAAGGGCUUUAUAUCCCCAGCAAUGGCAAUACUAAGGGCCACAGACCAGCUAAUGCCACCUCCACCUUUGUUUUUGGUUCAGACCUAAAUUGAAAGUAAUUGACAAGAAUGGACAGUGGGAACAGACACAAAACUUUAGUGAGAAUGUAACAUCUGCCAAUCUUCCACAGUCGUAACCUCUUGGUUUAAAGUGCAGGCAAUUUUAUGCACUCUAGGGCUAUGAACAGGUAAUUUUCACCUUCCUUCCAAGAUUCUACUCUUUGGCUGUCCUACGUUUGUGCUUCUGGAUGUUACACUUUGGGGGACAUCACACAGUCACACGCCAUACUCUCUGUUGCACCCUUGUGACUCCUGUAUUUCUAUUUUACCAGUAUCAUAAUUCUGUUUUUCCUUUACUGAGGUUUUCAUCGGGAAUUGUGCUUUGUGUCAUUUUGGUGGUACUCUUAACAGUUAAGCACACUAUCAAAAUUAUAUUGUAUAUUUAUCCAAACAAAUUGAAUAUACACGCUACAGAAAAGGAAACCAGGGCACUAUGAAAAGUUAUAAAAUUGUAGCUAUAUUUAAUAAUAAUAUUAGAAGGGAAGCUUUAUUAGAAAAUGUUUACAACUUUGGAAAUGUAUGAGGUGUGAUUCCUUCCCAUUAAUGCAAAGUAUUUCUACUGGGUGCAAUUUUUUGUUCUGUCAUUGCAGGCCCAUUCCACAGUGGGCAGUUUGCAGAGGGAUUGUAAUUGCAGAUAAAGAAUAUAAUUAGGGAUAGAUGUGGUGAACUUGCAGGCCAUGUAAUGAUGUCAGUGGUCUUGAAGUGAUGAUAUUGUGAUGUUGGUGGUAUAUUAAUGACCUUUACCCUAAUGGGACAUCAGCAUUUGUCAAAAACAAGAUGACCACUCAGUAUAUGUCCUUACUUGCUUUCCACUUUUUGCUCCACAUUUGUACAAAUGUUAACCAGUGCUACCCAAACAUCUGACACAAAGGAUGAGUGAUUCCCUUAUAUAGUCAGACCCUCAUUCACAGUGAGAACAUUUUCACAAAUGAGAGGUUCACAUACUUCAUCCCCAGCCUUUAUAUGAUUGUGAUGGCCAUAGCAGAAUUCUGAAUGUGGGCAACAGUGCCUGACCAGUUUAGCAUUUUAUGAGGUCCAGUCUUUGCUUUUUAACAUCACCUAUAUACGCUUCCCAACAAAUGUUGUGCAAGUUUGUGAAAUGACAUUCUGCUCUAUCAUAUGCCAACUGUCCUAAAUUAGUCUAGGAGUUCAAUUAAUUUAAUAGCUUUAGACAUUAAAUUCAUUAAAAAAAAUUAUGUUUCCUCUUACUUGUAAUGUACUUGUCAACUUGCUUAAAACCUGAUGACUUUUUGUGGUUUUGAUUUCCAUUUCCAAUACUCCGAGGACAAAUUAUAAUCAAAAUACAAUCUGUAGAUUAGUAAGGUAGUCGAAAAGUUCUAUUGUAAGUAAAGAAAACAAAUUUCAAAAAUGAGCUGAGAAGUGAGUAAUGCUGGGUACAACCCAUGGCAUUUGUACCAUCUCCCCCGUAGUGCAUAGUUAUCUUUUAAAUAUUGAACUCCUUUUUUAAGUAGAACUGUACAGUUAAUUAUGUGUAUUUUUCUUAUAUUUUUGAAGCCAUAAAUCAAAAAAAGCUAUAGUUGUCAAGUUUCAGUUAACAUUUACACUACUAGAGAAUUGUGCUGCCAUAUUAGUUUAAACAGAAGCCUGAUUAACAACACCCAGAGACCUGAACAGGAGGGAUGAUGGCAAGGAGUGAUGGGACUGGUGGGCAUUCCCAGACAUAAGAAUGGAUCUAUAUAUAUAGUGCAAAAGAAAGGGACCUUGUUUAGAACUGCAAUUAAACACCAACAACAGUGUCUAGAAAAAAAAAUUAUAUAUUGGCAAAAAGAAACAUUACACUACAUAGAACUUCUUAAUACAAUGCAUACGGCAAGACUCCUCUAUCUCUCUGCCAGUUUAAUGGCUGGUUUCUGGACUCACCCAAAAUUGUUUGCUGCCCUCAAAUCUUAAAGAUAUCAGAGAGGAAAUAUUUAUGAAAACAUACUCAAAUGUGAACUUAAAAUUCAAUUUAUAAAUAUGUCAGAAAGAUUUCUUGCUCUGGAAACAAUAUCAGGAAGAGUUUUCAUGCCUUUAUUCCAAGGAUGCACAGCCCCUGUGCUUCCCUACUGUUGCUUCAGUUUUGCCUUUGCUUCCCAUUCCAAUCUAAUUAUAUUCAGUGGAUGUCUCGUUGUAAACUGUAUAGUUGUUAAUAUACAAAUAUAUAUUCUGAAUAGAUAAAAAAGCUAAUAUUAAAGCCUGGCAUCGCACACACUCGGGCAACAACAUGCCUGAGCGUGCGGAGUGCUGGUGGGCCUGCUACGUCUCUGUAUGAUCUGAUCAAAUGCCAGCUUAACAAAAUCACCACUUAUGUAUGAAAGAGUCCAGACGAAAACGUCAGGAGAUCAAGGUGAGCUAGCACAAGCUGUGAUUAGCCUCCUCCAAAUGAUAGAUUCAAACAGUGUGAAAACAGGCAGACACUGCAGUCCCACACUUUUAAAGCAUUAAGAGAUGAGUCACCUGAAUUUUGAGAAGAGUCUUUUGACAUCUGUCAUCAUGGACUAGGCAGUGCUUGGACGUUCACUGAUAUGUUGUCGCAUUGAGCAUGCCAAGGAACAAACCAGUUUAUGGUUUGUUUAGUUCAAAUUUCUCAGUCAAUCUGUUUCAAACUUACUGUCAGAUUUAAUAUUUGCUUAGAUAGGAAAAAUCCAAUUCAGUUUAAUUUACUCUUAUUGAAUGGAAUUGAAAAUAAACGAUUUUGCUUUUCAACUACAACAUGUAAAAUGACUUAGCAUUUCUGCUACAUUAAAAAGCACAAGUACAUUUUAACAAAGGAACAAAAUGAAGCAUUAGAUGAUGGAAUUGUUAAUGGUGGAAACUACAGAUAGAGGUUAUAUUUUCAUGUGUGGAUAUACAGUAUAUAUACACACAUACAACAUUAUAGAUAUUAUAUAUAUUUAUACACUCAUGUUGCAUAUAUUUUUUUACAAAAGCCGUUAAAUUAAGUAUUUGUGUCCACCUGCUGGCAUGCAGGUAGGUGACAUGACUGCUAUAGAUGUACAAUUAUGGAAGAACUGGCUUGUUUCACUGAAGUUGUAAAUUGUUAUUUUUUUGAGACAUUUUAAUUCUGGAUUAAAAGAAUUCCCCCAACGUG